UUUGAUAAAAUAGAGAUUACCAAAAAGUCUGACAAUGGCGAAAACCAUGAGGAAACCAGAAUUGUUGAUGGUGAGCCGGUUUUUGAAGUCACCAGGUCAGGGUCUCCACCGAAUUACGUACACGAGGUCUCUGGAAACUCUAGCUUUCGAAGAGGUCCGAGCAUCCCCUGAAAGACCAGACAAUAAUUUCACUGCUUUUGUACUUCACGGCCUCUUCGGUUCUGCCCGAACCUGGCGAUCUUUUUCUCGGACCCUCGCUUCCUAUCUCUCCAACUCCUCUCCUUACUCAAAUUGGAGGAUGGUUCUUGUGGAUUUGAGGAACCAUGGAAGAUCAGCUGAGAUUGAGGGUCUAAACCCUCCUCAUGACAUGACUAAUACUGCUAAAGAUCUGGCUGAUUUAAUAAAAUCCCAAGGUUUGGCUUGGCCUGAUGUUGUUCUAGGCCACUUCAUGGGCGGCAAGGUUGCCUUGCAAUUUGCUGAGAGUUGUGCUCGAGGUUAUUAUGGUGAAUCUGCCCAAUUGCCUAGACAGCUGUGGGUAUUGGACUCCAUCCCUGGAAAAGUGAACCCAGAAAACAAUGAUGGAGAAGUGGAGAAAGUUUUGCAGACCUCGCAAUCUCUGCCUACAUCAAUCCCCUCACGAAAGUGGCUAAUGGACCACAUGAGUCAGCUUGGGUUCUUCAAGUCAUUGUCACAUUGGAUAGGCAGCAACCUCAAAAAAUCAGGAGAACAUGAGACAUGGGCUUUUAAUCUUGAAGGUGCGCUCCAAAUGUUCAAUUCUUACAGGUGA